CUCCUCCCUCCUCCUCCUCCUUCCUCACCUCGGUCACGCUGUCAUUUAGUCGCCGGCUCUCGAGCCCUGACAGAAGAGCCUAAUAAAAUGAAGAUCUGGGCGUCGGAGCACAUUUUCAACCAUCCGUGGGAGACGGUGACCAAGGCAGCAAUGCAGAAGUACCCCAACCCCAUGAACCCCGGUGUGUUUGGUGUAGAUGUUCUGGACAGAAGCGUGGACACAGAGGGACGGUUACACAGCACCAGACUGCUCAGCACAGAGUGGGGGCUUCCUGCCAUGGCCAAGUCUAUCAUUGGGGUGACAAGAACGUGCACUUAUGUUCAGGAACACUCAGUGGUGGACCCCAAAGAGAAGACCUUUGAGCUGAAAUCUACAAAUAUCUCCUUCACUAACCUGGUAUCUGUAGACGAGAAGUUGACGUACAAGCCACAUCCACAGGAUCCUGAAAAGACGGUGCUGACACAGGAGGCUCUGAUUAGUGUGAAAGGUAUCAGUCUGAGCAGCUACCUCGAGGGUCUCAUGGCAAAGACCAUCUCUGCUAACGCCGGCAAGGGUCGGGAGGCAAUGGAGUGGGUCAUCAGACGAUUAAACACAGAAAUCGAGGAGUUUGCAGCGACCGCUCGUGGAACAAUACGUGUUCCGUUGGCGGCAGCUGUUGCAGACAAAUGAUCCCGGCCUUCCUCGCCGCUUUCUCGACCAUCAUGAACCGAUGGACCUCUCGGACAUUUCCUCUCACCUCACCUGCCAGCACAGCCUAAUAACCACAGCCCCACCCUUUGGCCCUACGUAUGUUUGUUUGUCUGUGAACGUCACAAGAACUCACUGUUCGUCCCUCCUCAGCAGUCUGUGCGGACGAGUUUGAUACUCGCCACUGUGGACAGUGACGGGGAGUGUAGAGCUGAUGACAGUUUGAAAAAACAAACAGGGUUGAAUUGGACUGCACUUGAAGCUCAUAGGACUUUGUCUUGUGAUGUUUAAGCUCUUUAAAAAAAAAAAAAAAAAAAAUUCACACUGUGCCUCUCAUUCAUUUUCUAUUUCCUGUCUUUCUCCCCUUCAUCUUUUACUUUUCAUCUCCCUCUAAUGUCGUCUUUUUUGUUUCCAAAUCCUCAUAAACAAGUUGAGUACUGGAAGGAAGUCACUUUUCACUAACUCUCUGGUUUUGUUUCGUACAACAAAACUGACCAAAAUCUCUCCAAGCCAAAACCCACCAAUGCAAAGAGGCUGUAACAGCGAAUGAAAGCAACUGAAAUAUUGAAGCUCCAGGCUUUUAUUCCCACUGUCCUAUGAGGUCAGAUACAGAGCAAGCUGAUAAUUUUUUAUUUUGAGGGUUGAGGUGGAUUUGUAGUGAGCUGCUGGCUGAACAGUUUUGUUUGUGGUAAAGACCAGUGCAGCUCAGAGCAAGCAGAGUCUCAUCUGACAGCCACAUCUGAGUGCAGGGUUAGUGGCCAGACAGGAAAGCUUGCAGGUGUACUCGCAAAUUAUACUAGUCCAGGUCUGAUACAGCCGAUUUAAGUUUCAAAGUCUUGUGCCAUCAGAGGGAACCCUACCAGUUUUCUGAGUGAGUGAGUGUGAUCCAGAAUAUUUGUAGGUGCAGGAUUAAAACCAGCUCAGGCUUGUUAUUUGUGGAAAGUCUCAAAGCAUUUAAACAAGCAGGGUCUGUCUGCUUAAGAUGUCGGCAUGGUGGACUGGUCUUUUAUUCUCACUCUGGUCUUCUGGCUACAACUUAUUUCUCUCUCUUUCUCUCUCUUGUCUGUGUUAGUGUUUUCUCUCUCACACUGAUGAGGUGCUGUUAAGUUAAGUAUAUGAAUGUGGAUACUUGAAUGUCUAACUUAUUUUCAUCUUGUGUACUUUUAAUACAGUUACAGUGGCAGGAAGUCUUUGAAGUGUUUGAGAAUAAGCAACAUGUUGGUAUUCGCCACGAUGUGAAUGUUCACCAGUGUUACAGGAGGUACGAGCUUUACGGGGUUACGUUCAGGAUCACUGAGUGUGCCAACAUUAAGUAUGUGAAAACUGAAAUAACUGCACCACUUUAAUACCCCAAAACACAUUCAAGCUUUAUUUAUGGUCAUGAUCAAACCCACUCCGUACUUCAUACUGUUGAUGGUGUUAUUUAUGGUGUAUUUGUAUUGGUGAACAUUCACAAAGGCUGUUAAAUUGAUCGAUUUUAGAAGCUCCUAGCUCUUAUUUUCCUUUCUUAUCCCAUCACAGACUCUCAGGUGCUACAUAGUUGACCUCUGUUCAGUUUCCGUUUGCUUCUUUCAUGAAGACCACGCUGAGAUGAAGGCAACCCUGUAACCCUAUAACUCUUAUUUGUUCUUUAAUUUUCUUGUCUUCUUCUCUCUACAAAUUUUAAUAAGGACAGUUCUGAAAAUGAACGUUUACAACAGAAGGGUUAGUGGUAUACUAUUUUAGUGUUACAGUAUCUGUUAAUGGAGCUCAGCAUCACAAGUCUUCCGAGAUGCUCCACAGUCGCAAUCUUGCUCGACUGUCACGGUCUGUUAGAUCUCAAUGGGUCCACGUUAUGUCGGUCAUUUUUCAAACCUGCUUCCAGUUCAGCUGAGCUUCUUUUUAAAAAGUUUGUAGUUCACUAACUGUUGUUGUAGCUCAUCAUGCAUGUCCAGCUCAGGAUCAUUCAGUCUGCUGCCCGACUGUCCGAUCAGCCAGUCAGUAUCCAGUGUCUCCUCUCAUGAAUGAAGUGUGAUUUAUUUUUAUUUUUUUCUAUGGGGAACAUUUUAGAACAGUGGCUGUAAAUAGGCUUAUAUUUAUAUUUUGGUGGUUUUACAUUCCAGGAAUGUGAACAUAACAGAUAAUAACAGAAUCUAAAGAGUACACACUGAAAUGUUUCAAAAUAAAGAGAUGUCAUUGUUUCAUGAA